AUGGUGAAUAGACAAGAAAAUAAAGAAAGUAUUACUAUUGUUUGGUUUGAUUCCAAUAUUCAUUUAUACAAUCAUGCAAAAAAUAUUAAUGAACAAUUACGUCAAAUAAAUGAUUAUAAUUUAUAUUAUAGUGAAAUUGAAUCUUGCAUAAACUAUAUUCAAUCGAUUGAUAAAGAGAAAAUUUUCUUGAUUACAUCGAAGUUAUCACAUGAUCAAUCAGCUAAGAAUGAAAUGAUCAAUCUAUAUCGUCAAUAUUAUCAAGAUAAUUUAAAAAACUUAAAAUUAAUUGAGAAAUUUGAACAUGAUUAUUGUUCAGACAAUGUUAUUCAAUGGUAUUCGAAUAGAUCAUUUCCAUAUAAAAUAAUUAAGAAACAAUUACAAAAAAAAGACAUGAACCAAUUGUACACAUUGAGGUAUUUUAUAAGAGAUCUUAUACAAAAUUUUGAAUGUCAAUAUCAAAAUAGAAUUCAUUAUGAAAAAGAAAAAAGUCUGAUCGUUUAUCGAGGAAUUAAAUUAUCAAGAGAACAACUUGAAAAAUUCAAAGAAUAUGAAGGAAAACAUAUUUCAAGCAAUGGAUUCUUGGCGGCAACUCGAUUUCGAUUAAAAGCAUUGAAUUUUGCUAGAAAAUCAGUAAGACAAACAAAUUUCAUUGCUGCCAUUUUAGAAAUUGAAUGUAAUUCUGAAGAUUUUAACAAAAAUAUUAUCUUUACUGACAUAGAUAAAUCUAAUGAAGUUUCUUAUCAAGAUGAUAUUCUCUUCAAUUUAAAUGUUACAUUUAAUUUAAACAAUAUUGAAUUUAAUGAAAACAUCUGGAUUAUUAAAAUGAAUAUUUCGAAUGAAGGAAAAACUAUUCUUAAAAAAUAUAUUGAAGAUACACGGCAUCAGAUUGAAAAUCUAAAUAUUGAAAUUGUAUUCGCACGUCUUAUGUUAGACAUGGGUCAAUGGGAUCAAUCACAAAAAUAUUUUGAACGUUUGUUAAACAAUCGAAAUUCUACAGAUCAAGCAUGGAUAGAACAUAGUCUUGGUGAAAUUCAUCAUUUGAAACGAGAAUUUAUUCUAGCACCUAAAUAUUAUAAUCGUGCUUACAAUCGAAUGAUGAAUCCGAAACAAAUCCGAAUCAAAGAUUCAGCUCGAAUACUUUCCGAUAUAGGAGAACUUCUCUAUUUAGAAGGAAAAUUCGAAGAAGCGAUAAAUUUUCAUAAACAAGCGUUAAAAAUUCGUAAGGAAUACUAUUCUUCUAAUCAUGUACAUAUAGCAACUAGUCUGCGUAAUAUUGGUGAUGUUCUCCAUAUGCAAGAGAAACAUGAUCAAGCAUUCGUACAAUUUCAAGAAGCAUUAACAAUCUUGGAGAAAUAUUAUAAUUGUUGUCAUGUUGAUAUUGCCAAGUGUCUAGUUUCUAUUGGACUCUGUGUUCGUGAGCAAGGAAAUCUCGAUAAAGCUCUCGGCUUUUAUCGACGUUCAAUAGCAAUCUACGAAAAAUAUUAUCCUUUCGGUCAUGUAUACAUUACAUUGGCACUCAACGACAUGGCAAAUAUUCUUUGUCGACAAGAUAAAUAUGAUGAAGCUAUUGACAUUCAUCAUCGAGCAGUAAAAAUGGAAAAGAAACGUUAUCCAGUUGAUCCUAUGAUUACUGCUUACAAUCUUUGUACUAUUGGUAAUAUUAAUUAUGGACAAGAAAAUUAUAAUUAUGCUUUAGAAUUCUAUCAGCAUUCAUUCACAAUAUUGAAACAAUAUUUGUUUUAUGGUCAUAUUGAACUUAACUAUCUUCUGCAUAACAUUGGUGAUACUCUUUGUAGAUUAGGACACCUUGAUAAUGCCAUGAACUUUCAUCGACAAGUACUUACUUUGCAAGAGAAGUAUUAUCCAUCAUUUCAAGCCGCCAUAGCAUACACCUUCAAUCGCAUCGGACACAUACUCAGUGAUGAAGCAAAAUAUGAAGAAGCUUUAUAUUAUUAUAAACAAGCAUUAAUGAUGCAAAACAACUACUAUCCUUUGGGUCAUGUGAAUAUAGCUUUUACAUUUCAAAAUAUAGGUAAUGUAUUAUCUCUACAAGAAAAAUAUGAUGAAGCUUUGGAAUCCUAUCGACAAGCAUUUUCGAUACUCGAAAAAUACUGUAUAUAUCCUAGUAGUGACAUUGCUGAUAAUUUGAUUGGUAUCGGUCAUAUUCUAAUUAAUCAAGAAAAGUUCGAUGAAGCUAUGGACUCCUAUCAAAGAGCAUUAGACAUUCUAAAGAGUUAUUAUCAUUCUGAUCAUCCUAACAUUGCUAGUAUAUUUACCAAUAUUGGUAAUGUAUUUCGUCGACAGGAAAAGUUCGAUGAAGCCAUGAAAUAUCAUAAAAAAGCAUUAGAAAUUUAUGAGAAAAAUUAUCCUUCAGGACAUAUCAGAGUUGCUAUAACACUUACAUAUAUCGCUUUUGUACUAGAGAAUGAAAAAAAGUAUGAUGAAGCAUUGGAUUUCUUGCAACAAGUGCAUUCAUUACUUCUAAGACUUGGAAAUUAUUAUCCUUCAGAACAAUUACAAAUUGCUCAAAACCUAAGCAAUAUGAGUGUCAUUCUAUGUUCACAAGAUAAACAAGAACAAGUUCUUGAAUAUCGACAACGUGAACUAUCAAUCAGAGAAAAAUUCUUACCAUCUGAUCAUCCCGAUAUUGUCACUAGUUGUAUAGAAAUGAGUCGUAUUUUGUAUAAUCAAGGUAAAUAUGCCGAUGCUGUUAAAUUUCAACAACGAGCUCUAGCAAUUCAAGGAAAACGUUAUCCAUUGAAUCGUAUGAGAAUAGUUGAACAAUUGACUGAUAUUGCUAAUAUUUUCAUCGAUCAAGAAAAAUACAAUGAAGCUCUUGAUUUUUAUCAACGAACAUUAUAUAUUCGAGAAACAUUUUAUCCAGAUGAUCAUGAUGGCAUUGUCAUUCUUCUUUCCCCCAGCACAUCGUGGGGCCUGAAUACAUUUAGUCGGCAAAGAAAAUAUGAUGAUGCACUCGAUUUUCAAAAGCGAGCAUUCAAAAUACGAGAAGUUCAUUAUCCAUCAAGUCAUCCGUACAUUCUUUAUAAUCUCAACAAUAUUGGUAAUAUCCUUCGAGACCAAGAGAAGUAUAAUGAAGCUCUUGAAGAUUAUCGACAAGUACUUGCUAUGUGUCAAGAAUUUUAUUCAUCCAAUCAUAAUGAUAUUAUUGCUUGUCUUAGUAAUAUUGCUGAUGUACUUAAUGAUCAAGGAAAAUACUCUGAAGCACUUGCCUAUCGACAACGAAUAUUAGCGAUAAGAGAAGAACAUUGUUCAUCAAAUCAUGAUCAAAUUGCAAGUGAUCUUACAAACAUCGGUCAUCUUCAAAUACGUCUAAAAGACUAUGAUAAAGCUCUCGAAGUCUAUCAACAAGCACUCUCUAUCAGAGAACAAUAUUGUUCAUCUGAUCAAGUUGAAAUUGCCAAUAGUCUACAAGAGAUCAGCUAUGUUCUACAAGAACAAACAAAGUAUGAUGAAGCUCUUGAUCUGGAACAAAAAAUAUUGAAAAUCUAUGAGACAUUGUAUCCAGAUGGUCAUGCUAAUACGAUUUCGUGUCUUAAUCGUAUGUCAAAUAUUUUAUGUGAACAAAAACAAUACGAUAAAGCAUUCGAACUUCAACAACAAGCAUUAGAAAUCAGUGAAAAAUGUUCUACAUACAGUCAUACAAGUAUUGGUAGAACUUUCGGUUAUAUAGGUAACACAAUGUAUAUGCAAGCUAGAUAUGAUGAAUCCAUUGACUUUUAUCAAAAAGCUUUGAUACACUACAAAAAGGAUUAUCCUUCUGAUUAUGCAGAUAUGGCCACUGUAUUACUUAAUAUGAGUGCAGUUUUCAAAGCACGAUUAGAAUACGACGAAGCUCUGGAUAUGCAACAUCAAGCAUUAGAGAUUCGGAAGGAACAUCGACCAUUUGAUCAUUUCAUGAUUGCCAAAAAUUUGAUAGAAAUAGGUGAUGUACACUAUCAACAAGAAGAGUAUGAUGAUGCUCUUAAUUUUUAUCAACAAGCACUAUCUAUAUUUGAAGAAUAUCAUCCUAUGCAUCAUAUUGAAAUAGCUAAUUGUCUACGAGAGAUCGCAAAUAUUUGGAAUACAAAGACUGAUGUUGAUCGUGCUAUUGAAUAUUGCAAAAGAUGUCUAUGUAUUAGAGAAUGGAGUUUAUCUAAAAAUGAUCCUAUGAUUGCUGACACUCUAAUCUAUAUGAGUCAACUUCAAAGAAAUGGAAAUUACCAUGAACUUUCCUUGACAUAUGAAAUGAAUGGCUGUUUAAUGCGUAUGAAAGUUUUACCACCAGAUCAUGUAGAGAUUGGUGAUAGUUUUUCUCGAAUUGGUCAAAGUUAUGAGCAUCUCAAUAAACCAAAAUUAGCACUCGAUUAUUACAAACAAGCAUUAGCUAUCUACGAAAAAUGUUUACCCUCUUGGCAUGAACAUCGAAUGGAUAUAGAAGCCAGUGUAGAACGAUUGUCAAACUAA